CAGCUGCGGCCGAGACGCCGGGGCGGGGGUCCUGCCCAGCCGCCUCCCCCCCUCUGCCCCCCGCCCCCGGAGGCCUCCUCCUCCCUUUCCUCGCUCCAUCUUGGGGGGCGGGCCUGGUUCCUGGGACAGCAUGUCGGACUCCGAGGAGGAGAGCCAGGACCGGUACCUGAAAAUCGUCGUGCUGGGGGACGGAACCUCCGGGAAGACCUCCUUAGUUACAUGUUUUACUCAAGAAACUUUUGGGAAACAGUACAAGCAAACUAUAGGACUGGAUUUCUUUUUGAAAAGGAUAACAUUGCCAGGAAACUUGAAUGUUACUCUUCAGAUUUGGGAUAUAGGAGGGCAGUCAAUAGGAAGCAAGAUGUUAGAUAAAUAUAUCUAUGGAGCACAGGGGGUCCUUUUGGUAUAUGAUGUUACAAAUCAUCAAAGCUUUGAGAAUUUAGAAGAUUGGUAUACUAUGGUGAAGAAAGUGAGCGAAGAAUCAGAAACUCAACCAUUGGUUGCCUUGGUGGGAAAUAAAAUUGAUUUGGAGCAUAUGCGAACAGUAAAGACUGAAAAACAUUUACGAUUUUGCCAGGAAAAUGGUUUUAGUAGUCACUUUGUCUCAGCCAAGACAGGAGACUCCGUCUUCCUGUGUUUUCAGAAAGUUGCUGCUGAAAUUCUUGGAAUCAAAUUAAAUAAAGCAGAAAUAGAGCAGUCACAGCAUAUUGUCAGGGCAGAAAUAGUGAAGUACCCGGAAGAAGAUAAUCAACAUACCAGCUCUGCUCAUAGUAGAAUCUGUUCAGUUCAGUAGUGCAGAGGGUGGUGAAGGCAGAUAUUGUAAACUACAACCAGGAACCUAUGUCAAGAACGGUUAACCCUCCCAGAAGCUCCAUGUGUGCAGUGCAGUGAGUGCUCUUUCUCCUGUUGACAGUGGCUGCCCUUCGCCUCUGGGUGGGCCUGAGGACUUCUAGGAACUUGUUUUAUCAGUGACCAUCUCUGUAGUUCAGCUCACACUCUCCUCCCAACUCACUCCAUCAAAUGUUGCCUCACUGCUACAGGCAGUGAAGAUCACUUGGACUGAAAAUAACUCAACUUUGGGACCACACACUUUGAAUUCAAAUGGAAAACCCAUUUUCUGGAAUUUGACUGCUUCACUGAAGAAGAAUGAUGUUGACUCUCUUUAUGUCCUCACUUUUUUUCCCUCUGAUGUCAACUUUUUGAACCCUGAAUGAGAACUGCCCAAGUCUUGAUCAUCAUCAGGCAGGGUUUUGCCACAGCACAGUUUCAUUCUCUUACCUGAACUUAGACAUGUCAGAGUAUACUUCAGAAUGCAAACAUGGAAACAAGCGAUGUAUUUUACCUGCAGAGACUUAAGGAGGAGUUCUCAUACUGUCUAUUGUGAGUUAAAACAGACAAAGCUGCAUUGAACUGAAAAUGCUUGAAAUAAGGCUGUAAUAAGAAAUAUUUUUCAUGUUUUAAAAAGGGGCCUAAAUUGUUUAUAUUGUAGUUUGUAACUCAUAAAGUAGUGCGUAUUUGAUACUGUAUUUUUAUUACUCUGUCAUGGUCAUUAUGUAUUAUAUAAUACUCAGGUUCGAUGGCUUUGUGAUUUUGGUGAAGGCUCAGCUGAUGGUCCGUGUCGAAUUUUUCCUGCAAACUGCGUGAGAGUACUCCCAGAAUGAGUCGUGCCACACUGUUGGGUCAUUGUGGGUCAGACUACCGAUGUGCAGAUGUUUUCCUCUUACAAAUAAAUUUAUUUAAAUUACA